CAUUACUCUUCUAGGAAGUUUCGAGAACGGUUCCGAACAGUGAUAUUGGUGGGAGAGCUACGCGUUACAACAGUUUCUUUAAAUCUAUUGCACGGUCGGAGAGGACGUGUUUCACUGCGGUUAUACUUCCUUUAGCGACUUUUCUGCUUAUACAGUUGUUUUCUAGCAGGAACAGUUGUGUAAUACUUCGCAUUUAUUGGUAUCUAUAUCGAAGAACAUUAUCCAGACAAAAUGGUGAAAGAAACUACCUUUUAUGAUGUCUUGGGCGUUAAGCCUGAUUGUUCUCCGGAGGAUUUAAAGAAGGCAUACAGAAAACUUGCACUCAAAUAUCAUCCGGAUAAAAAUCCUAAUGAAGGAGAAAGGUUUAAGCAAAUUUCCCAAGCCUAUGAAGUAUUAUCAAAUCCCGAGAAGAAACGCAUUUAUGAUCAAGGUGGCGAGCAAGCUUUAAAAGAAGGUGGAAUGGGAGGAAAUGGUUUCUCUUCUCCAAUGGAUAUCUUUGAUAUGUUCUUUGGUGGAGCUUUUGGCGGGGGACGUGGUAGAAGGAGAGAACGAAAAGGACAGGAUGUUAUACAUCAGCUCUCUGUAUCAUUGGAAGAACUUUAUAAUGGGACUGUUCGUAAACUAGCAUUACAAAAAAAUGUUAUUUGUGAUAAAUGCGAAGGUAUUGGUGGUAAAAAAGGUUCUGUAGAACAGUGCACAUCAUGCCAUGGAAGUGGCAUGCAGGUCCAGAUACAACAAUUAGGGCCAGGGAUGUUACAACACAUGCAAACGAUGUGUUCUGAAUGUAAAGGUCAGGGUGAACGCAUCAAUCCGCGUGAUCGUUGUAAGCAAUGUAUGGGAAGGAAGACUGUGAGAGACAGGAAAAUUUUAGAGGUACACGUUGAUCCAGGUAUGAUGGACGGACAAAAAAUAGUUUUUAAUGGUGAAGGAGAUCAAGAGCCUGAGCUGGAAGCAGGCGAUAUUGUUAUUCUCUUAGAAGAAAAAGAACACGAUGUAUUCAAACGGUCACGACACGACUUAAUAAUGCGAAUGCAUUUAGAAUUGGUGGAAGCACUUUGUGGUUUUCAGAAAGUUAUUCGUACUUUGGAUGGUAGAGAUUUGGUUAUCACUAUGCUUCCCGGUAUGGUCACGAAGCACGGUGAUGUUAAGUGUAUUCUAAACGAGGGUAUGCCAAUUCACAAGGAUCCAUUCACGCAUGGCAAACUUAUCAUUCAGUUUAUCGUCAAUUUCCCGAAAUCUAUCAAUCCUACUAUUAUUCCGACUCUCGAGCAAUGUUUACCGGCGAGGGAAGAAGUUUUAAUUCCGGAUGGUGCCGAGGAUGUUAUACUUACCGAUUUAGACCCUGAAACUGAGCACAGGCGGAGAGACCAACGACCAGCUUAUGAGGAAGAUCAAGGAGGUCCAUCGCGGGUCCAAUGUGCCACGCACUAAGCUUAGUUACGCAGAUCUUAAUAAACAUGGCCACUUUCUCAUUUCAAACUUUUGUCCCAUUCGUUCGAUUCUGAGUCAUACAUAAAUAAAAAUGGAAAGAAAAAACGACGGGUAUUAAAAAAUAAGAGUAUCCUUCGACCGCAGUGAAAAACCCCAAAAAAUUAAAUAAAAAGGAAAAUCAAAAAUGAACAAAAAACGACUUGAGUAUAUUUGAAUACGCGUACGGCCCUGUAACAGAAAAAAAUUUCUAAAACAACACAAAUCAUGGACUGAUGUGAGAGCGUGUCAUCGAGGUACAUUCAAUGUUUUACUUAUCCGUCAUCCCGUAAAUAUCAAAGCAUUGUACAUUUUGGAAGACAAUGCCAACUUGAAUCUGGUAGUAAAUGCUUACUGUAGGUAAUCGCUAAUGAAGUAUACUUAUCACUAAAUGGAACGAUAAAAGAAAGUAAACAAUAAUGUGUGAUUCAACAUAACAUCUAACUUCAUAGCAAUUUUCGAAUCGGUUUUUUUUCUGCAAUCGGACUUGAUGAUUCUCAUUAAGUAAGCGGUGGUAAACGUAAUUAUCUUGUUAAGACCGCAUGUCGAUGAUAUAUAUAUAUAUAAAUGAUUUGUCUUAAAAUAUGUAAAAUCCGUUUAUUGUCAUUAAUUUAGUUCAAUAUUAAUGGGUUUUAUCUAUUUGUAAUUAUCUCUGUCUCGAUAUAAAAUAAUAAAGUGUCGUCAUAGUAAAGUUUAUCGCUAGAUGCGAUAACAUUGAAAAUGUGGCAUUAGGAAUCCGAAAGCAGCUUAUAAUAUUAAUAAUAAUAAUAAUAAUAAUAAUAAUAAUAUUAAUAUUAAUAUUAAUUAUAAUAAUAAUAAUAAUAAUGGACAUUAUUCCAUAUAAAUAGUAUUUCAAUUCAUGCGCCUCCGAGAAAACUCGUGAUCUAAGAAGAAUAAAAGUUGCGAAGAAGAAAAAAUGUGAAAGAAAAAAAAAGGAAAGAAAGAGAAAGAAAUGAGAGCGAGAGAAAGACAGCAAUGAAUUACGUUCCUCUGUAUGUAUGGACAAUUGCGCGUGCGUAAAACUUUGAUUUGUGUAAUAUCAUGACAUCGUUUCUUAUAUCGUAUGUUUAUAAGAAUAAUCAACACUUAGGAAGCAGAAUACCUGAAGUAUUUGUUUUUUCGACGGAUAUUAAAAAAAUACAAUUGGUUUUAAAAGGUGAGUCGAGAUUUUUGACUCAUCGGUGUGUGCGUCGUAUGAAACGGUAUUAUCUAAACCUUUUUCUCGUCUAAUCCAUAAUCAGUAUAAUUAGAGAGAAAAAAAAUGAAGAUUAAAAUGUGCACGGAGACGUGUCAUUUAUCUGUGUAUGAUUUAUAAGUGAAAGAACAACGUGUGCGUUUAGUGUCGCUGAUUUUAGUAUGAAGAUAGAUCGAGUUGCAGAUAAUGAAUUUCUUUUUUAGUUUUAUUUGUUCGAUAAUUAUGUCUUUAACAUUGACGGUAUUGAAGGAUAGAAGAAGAAGAAAAAAGAAUAAAUAAAAAGACAUUGGUCGACUAUUUUUAUUCGAUCGCGCAUCGACUUUGCUGCGUACUUUACAGUCUUGUCUUUUCCACAAUUAGCAUAAUCGAUGAAGGAAGUUAAGAAGAAGUACAGUUUAAAUACAUUCGCAUAAUUUAAUCAUAUGCAAAAGUAUGUUUAUCACUUCACGGUCGUCUACUACAGUAAGCUAUAACUAUAAUGAUUUGCAAACGAAUAGUCGUAUAUUUCUUGUAACCUUAUUUAUUAUAGACAAAUUGGUGAUUAGUCAUUUUUUGAAGCAUCUGAAUAAAUUGGACGAAGCAUAACGUAUAA